AUGUACACUGAGGGCAUCAAAUGCCGGAUAUUCUCCACCACGCUAACUGGACCUGCCCAGUUAUGGUUUGGGACGCUCGCCCCAAAUUCUAUUCAUUCAUUGGAGGAUUUACAAACGCAUUUUCUGAGGCAGUUCGCGAGCUCACGAAGGGUGGGGAAGUCAGCACUUUCCUUGAUGGAUAUUAAGCAAGAUCAGAAUGAAAUACUACGGGAGUAUACUGCUAGGUUUAAUCUCGCCGCUCUGGAGGUACCAGAGGCGGAAUCUCAGAUCAAGAAUUGCGCCUACGUCAGAGGGCUCAAGCCGGGGCUCUUCUUUGAUGAGCUGCAAAUUAGACCGGCCAGGGACUUCAAUGAUAUCAUGGCUAGGCUGCCAGGGUAUUUACAGUUGGAGGAUGCCAGGAUGGCAAGAAAGGCCGAAAAUGACAAACACAAGGCCAAAAAGGGUGAAGAAGCACCAGAGCGGAGCAGACACCAGGACCGGGUUCCUUUCAGAGGGUUGCCCCCAAAGGUGCCCCCUCCCCAAGCUGAAGUGCCACCUCGUGAGCAGCGCACUGUAAACGAAGUAACUCGUUUUGACGAGUACACUCCACUGAACAAACCACAUGAGGAGAUCUUUCAUUUGAUCAAGAACCAGCCGUACUUCAGGGCACCAGGGACUUACAGAGAUGGGCAGCUGCAACUAGGGCCUAAUAACAAGCUGUGUGAAUACCAUAACUCUUACGGGCAUUAUACCAAGCAUUGCGGGCACCUCAAGCACCAGCUGGAGUUUUUGGUGCAUCAGGGUAAUCUGGAUCAAUUUAUUGCCAGAGGGAAUGAAGGCCGAGAUCCGAGGCCAGAACAAAGAAAUGAACAAAGACAGGAUCAGGGGAACAACAGGGACCGCAGACCCGAAGAAAACCGGGAUAACCGCAGAGAAGGGGCAGAAAGGCAGGCACCUCCCUUCCCAUAUAGAAGGGAAGUCCAUAUGAUCUGUGGGGAAAAUGGGACACCCACAUCCAACAGGGCCAAAAAAUAA